AGAUGAACAACAAUUUUUGAUCUAUUCAGUUUCCCCACAUACUAAAUGGAGCCUUUCAAAGGAAACUUCUCAAACCUCCUCAACCAAGGUUCCUCAAGCCAAGCAACAAAUAGUGAUGCCCAAAACUCCCCUUCUACCCAAUUUCCCACAAGUUAUCCCCAAAACUUCAGACCUAGUUUUCUCCAAAAUUUCCAUCCUUUUGGUCCUCCAAGCAACUAUCAGCCAUAUCGACACCCUCCAAUCUUUCAAGGUGCUCAGCAACAAGAUUAUUAUGGGCAACCUACUCCAGGAAGCUUGGAAGGUUUUCAACUUCAAGAAAAUCUGGUGCACUCAUCUAACCAAGCAUUUGGAUUUGCAGCCAAUAGAUCACAGUUUGGUAUGCAAUAUAGUACUUCAAUUGGGGCUGCAGCCAACACUUCUUCUCAUGGAUCAGCUUCUCCAUGUCAUACAAGACAUAAUGAGAAAGAAGUAGUUGAGGUUGAAGAGGCAAGUGAUAGCAGUGAAGAAGGAAGAAGAGGGACACGCAUCAAUUGGACUGAAGAUGACAAUAUACGACUAAUGAGUUCUUGGUUGAACAAUUCAGUUGAUCCCAUCAAAGGCAAUGACAAGAAAUCAGAACAAUAUUGGAAGGCUGUAGCUAGAGAGUUCAACAGCAAUAUGCCUAGCAAUGGGAACAAAAGGAACCCCAAGCAAUGCAGAACACAUUGGGACAAUGUCAAGAGAGAUGUCACUAAGUUCUGUGGAUUUUAUUCUAAAGCUAGAACUACUUUCACAAGUGGGUAUUCUGAUGAUAUGAUAAUGGAGAAAGCCCGUGAAUGGUACAAAAAGCAUAACAACCAAAAACCUUUCACCUUGGAGUAUAUGUGGAAAGAUCUUAAAGAUCAACCUAAAUGGCGUAGAGUCCUUGAAGAGAGUAGCCAUAAUAAGAGGAACAAGAUUUCUGAAUCAGGAGCAUAUACUUCAUCGUCGAACCAAGACACAGAGGAGGAAACAGAGCGCAAAGAGAAGCGCCCUGAGGGGCAGAAAGCAGCAAAACAGAGGCAAAAAGGAAAAGGUGCACCAUCACCUUUAGGGGAUAAGCCAAAUCAAAAUAUGGUUCUCUUUCAUGAAGCUAUUACAACUAAAGCAGCAGCAUUGCUAAAGGCAGCAGAAGCAACACUGAUUGGAGCAGAAGCAAAAAAAGAGAAGGCAAUUGCAAAAAAAAGAGAAGGCAAGGGCAAAAAAAUACCAAAUGUAUUUAAAACUGAUGGAGAAGGAUACAUCAACCUUCAGUGAAGCAAAACUGAAGAGACAUGAAAAU